CGGUCCAACUUGGGCCACCAAACCAACCAAAAGCCCCGCGCUGCGGCGAUCCAGCAGGCAGCCCCUCCCCCAGUCAGUCCACGCACCGCCACAGCCGUGCCGUCCCCGUCCCCGUCCAGUCCACGCACUCACGUUAAGGAACCGAGUCCCCGCACGCUUCCCACGAUCUUCCCACCACUUUCCUCUCCGCCUCCACCAGCAGCAAGCGCCCGGCCGAUGCAGAUGCCGCCGUGGCGGCCGAUCUGACGCCAUCGGUCGCCGGCCAUGAGGCCUCACCGCCGGGCCCUCUUCCCGGGCGCAGGGGACUGCGAGGACCCCUGGUCCGCCGGCUGCCAGACGCCACCGCCGGUUCCCAGCUCCCUUGAUUACGGCCCUGGCCCUUCCCCAUCGCUGCCUCCCUUCGCGGGGAUUCCGCUGUGCCCUCCACUUCUCCAGCCGUCGCCUGCUCCCGCGCAUAACGGUAGGAGGGACCAGGGAGGAGGGAUGCAGCAGGGAUACGGCCCCCCACCACCGGGCGUCGGCGGCGAUGCAGACGACCACGCCCGACGGCACUUCGUCAAGUACGCGCUCAUCGCCGCCGGGGUGAUCGCUUUCGUCUCGCUCAUCCUGCUCGGCGUCUCGGUCGCCGUGCGGCGCCGCCAGGUCCGGCGGAGGCGGCAGGCGCUCCUCGCGCCGUCCCUCAACGCGGGCGGCGCCGCGAACGUCGACGACGGCGGCGGCGAGUGGGGCGGCGGCGGAGGAGGAGGAGGCGGCGGCGGGGUGGUGCACCACGUCUGGAACAUCCGGACCGUAGGGCUCGACGAGGCGUCCAUCAGUUCCAUCGCCGUCACGCGGUACCGCGCCGGGGCGGGGCUCCUGGGCGCGGCGGACUGCUCCGUCUGCCUCGGCGAGUUCCAGGACGGCGAGCUGGUGCGCCUGCUGCCCAAGUGCGCGCACGCGUUCCACGUCCCCUGCAUCGACACCUGGCUCCGCGCGCACGUCAACUGCCCGAUCUGCCGCUCCGACGUGGUCGACCCCGCCGUCACAGCAGCCGUCCCCGGAGGAGGAGGAGGCAGCGAGAGCGUCGGGUCCAGCUCCAGCCCGCCGCCAGGUGAUCCAGACGCGAACGCCAACGCCGCAGCAGAUCAAGUUGCCGCCGCGAGCGACGCGGCCUCGGAUCACGAAGGAGAGGAGAGCGACGGCCGGGACGCUUCGCCCGCAGAAGAUGACCAGCAAGAGCAACCCAGCUCCGCAGAGCCGCCGCCGGAACUCUUGUGUCCGCUGCCGCGUAACGUGCGGCGCGCGGCGUCCAUGGACGCUGCGGCGGACGUCGCGGAGCUAGACCGGCUGCCGGAGGAAGCUCCUGAAGAGGAGCAGAUCGGUGGGAGGCGGAAGCGCUGGACUGGGACUGGCCCGACCCGCGCGAAGGCAUCGGGCUCGGGCCACCGGAGCAACCUCAGCACCGACAGGCUGGCGGCUCCCAGCGGCGUCCCGAGGUCAUUCUUCUCGCGCCACUGCCGCGCUCGGAGCUCGGUGCUGCCAUUGUGAGUGAGUGAUGGCGGUCUGAUACUCGAGCUGAAUUUUGCUCGCUGAAAUAAUGUUGCUGCUGUUGUUGAAUCGGCAGCCGCGAUCUGUACACCCUUAUACUUGUGAUCUCAAAGAGGUUAGAAGUUGAAACUCGUAUCCAGUAAUUGGAUGUUUGCAAAUCGAGAAAAUGCAUACUGUGCAGCUAUAUUC